AGAAUCUGUAUACAUUGGCUAGCAUAUAUGCCCUGCCCUCUUUCUUCUUGAAAAUCGUAGCAACCCAUCUUUUCAAAGAAGCUUGCGUAAAGAACAGGCACCCUGUAAACGGAGUGUGCUUUCAAGACCCUUCAGGGUAUUCAGAUUCACUAUGCAGCUCACCAAGACUGUUAGCUUUCCAAGGGACGAAUAGAUUGGAUUUAAUGAAGACUUGGAGUGUGCUUCUGAGAAUAAAUGCAAAAGGACCCCGAACUGUCAAUCUUGAAGACAAAAGGCUUCAUCUGAAAUUACAUCAUAAGAAGCACUGACCACUAACUAGGAAAAUUCGUGAAAGGCACUGCAGUGUCAGAAAGAGGUACCAAGGAGACAGUCCUAGAGAAACAUGGAUGGAGUCGGGAAUCUGACAUUAUCUUCUGCCAAUAACAACACGUGCAAUGACACUAUUGAUGACUUCCGCAAUCAAGUGUAUUCCACCUUGUACUCUAUGAUCUCUGUUGUGGGUUUCUUUGGAAAUAGCUUUGUGCUCUAUGUCCUCAUAAAAACAUAUCACAAGAAGUCAGCUUUCCAAGUAUACAUGAUUAAUUUAGCAGUAGCAGAUCUACUGUGUGUGUGUACACUGCCUCUCCGUGUAGUCUAUUAUGUUCACAAAGGCAUUUGGCUUUUUGGUGACUUUUUGUGCCGUCUCAGCACCUAUGCCUUGUAUGUCAACCUCUAUUGUAGUAUCUUCUUUAUGACAGCCAUGAGCUUUUUCCGGUGUAUUGCAAUUGUUUUUCCAGUCCAGAACAUUAAUUUGAUUACACAGAAGAAAGCCAGGUUUGUAUGUGUUGGCAUUUGGAUUUUUGUGAUUUUGACCAGUUCUCCAUUUCUUAUGUCCAAAACUUACAAAGAUGACAAAAACAAUACCAAGUGCUUUGAGCCUCCACAGGACAAUCAAGCUAAAAAUUAUGUUUUGGUCUUGCAUUAUGUGUCAUUGUUUGUUGGAUUUAUCAUUCCUUUUGUUAUUAUAAUUGUCUGUUACACAAUGAUCAUUUUAACCUUACUUAAAAAUUCACUGAAGAAAAAUCUAUCAAGCCGCAAAAAAGCUGUAGGAAUGAUCAUAGUUGUGACAGCUGCCUUUUUGAUUAGCUUCAUGCCAUAUCAUAUUCAACGCACCAUCCACCUUCAUUUUUUACACAAUGAAACUAAACCUUGUGAUUCUGUUCUUAGAAUGCAAAAGUCAGUGGUCAUAACCUUGUCUCUGGCUGCAUCAAAUUGUUGCUUUGACCCUCUCUUAUAUUUCUUUUCAGGGGGGAGUUUUAGGAGAAGACUUUCUACAUUUAGAAAGCAUUCCUUGUCCAGUGUGACUUAUGUAACCAAGAAAAAGGGCUCUUUGCCAGAAAAAGGAGAAGAAACAUGUAGAGAAUAAUUUAAACCCAUUUCCAAUGAAAAUCAUUGAAAAAAGUUUCCCAAACAAAUAUUACCUCAAAUUAUCUACAAAAUAUGAGUAUUUCCAUUAAUAAUUUAUAAGUACUUAACUGCAUGUAUGCCUAUAAAUAUAUCUCAUUUAUGAAUCCACAUUGUUAGAGGUCCUAAGGAUAUUUUAAGUUUUAAAAAUUCAGUCCACAACUAUUAACUAAAUUAUAAGUAGUUUUUUGAUCAUUCACUGAAAGGUGAAGAACAUUUUUGUCUUGGCAUUGUAAAAAAUGGUACUGAGACCUAAGUUUUCUUCCUCAAAUAAAAGCUUCACAAAGGAUAAGAACUAGUCCUUUAAGAACUAGUCCUUUAAGAACUAGUCCUUUAAGAUACAAAAUUAGCAAUUAGUCCCCAAUCACUCUAACAUAUUCCUUUGCAUGCGUGCCGUUAGAUGAGAACUGGAAUGAUCCAGGAGUUACAUAAAAUGUCCUGUCACCCUCUUUCUUUGUAGUAUUGAAUGACUAGGCAAAGUAGGGCCAUUUCUUCCAAAACAGAAUAUGCAAGUGCUAGAACACCCUAAUAUGCAGCCAAAUGGCCCUAAAGACUCCAUGCAAUGUGCAACCUGGAAACUGAGGAAUAUAAAUUUGGUCAAAAGCUAGUUUGUGUCCAGUUUCCUUCUGUUCCUGACCCAGGCCCUCAAAAGAGAAUGAUGGAGUUUUUGUUGCUUAUGAAGUUCUUACAGGGAAUUUUCUCCCUACAAUUCUUCCUUAAGAACCAAACAACUGACAGUCCCAUAUAGGAACAGAAGCAAUUUAAAAUUUAUCUAAAGAAGACGGAAAGGGUUUUAUUUUUCUACAGGCUUAUUGGGAUCAAAACUACCUACAGUGGGUUUUUUAAUAAAAUUUGAGUGUUGAUACUAUACGUUGUUUAGGAAGUACUUAUAUUUAUGUAACUAUAUCAGAGAUUUUGCUCUAUGACAUGCACUUAUGCAUGGAAGUUAAUUACAAGUUUUAUUAUUAUUUUGUACUUUUUCUUCUCUAUUGGCAAGUAGAUAGAAAUAUCAAGGAGAUGUUUACAUCGGGUUUUAUAUUACAGUGGAAGCUUUGUUCUUUAAACAUACCAACUUGAUUAAGGCUGAAAUAUAAUAUUCAUGGGCAAGCUUUUGCUGAAAUGUGGUCUGUUCCUUCAUUCUGUGUUUCAAAAGGCACAUUACCUCAGAGAAAAUAAAUGAUAAUGGUGAAGAAAGCUAUGAAAGGAUUCUAUCUGAAUCUUCCAUGUGUAUGUUAUUUCUAUUUCACUUCUAAUGUCACAACCCCUUAGGAAAACAUUCAAAACAAAAAGAAAGAGGAACUCUAAGGCAUAGUAUAUCUAACUGGUAUCCAUUUAUUUUUAAAAUACCUGAGAUUUGGCAUUAUCUACACUU